UUUUCCAUUUGACCAGAGAGUCUUUGAUGACGUACACAUUUUGCAAUUCAUUGAUUUUACUGUACUGUGUGAGCUGGUUGCUGUAAUGGAUCAUUGUACAACUUCUGCACACACACUUUUAAAUACAGUCCUUAUUUUGUGGUUAUGUACGCGAGCAUUUGGAACUGAACUAGGCUUCGUGACUUGCGGAUCUGUCGUCAAACUACUAAAUGUUAGACACAAUGUGAGAUUACAUUCUCACGAUGUCCGGUAUGGUUCUGGUAGCGGUCAGCAGUCGGUGACAGGAGUGACAACGGUGGAGGACAGCAACAGCUACUGGAGCGUUCGAGGCACAAGUACUGCCGUUUGCCAGCGCGGGACACCGGUCAGAUGCGGCCAGACCAUUAGACUCACUCACGUCAACACCGGCCGCAAUCUGCACAGCCACUAUUUCGCCUCACCGCUCUCCUCCAACCAGGAAGUGAGCGCGUUUGGGGAGGAGGGCGAGGGGGACUCCCUGGAUGAGUGGACAGUGCUGUGCGGGGGGGCCGUGUGGGAGCGGGAGGAGUCGGUGAGGUUCCAGCACACUGCCACCGAUGGGCUCCUUUCAGUCACGGGUGAGCAGUACGGCCGACCCAUCCACGGGCAGCGCGAGGUGCACGCCAUGCUCACCGCCAACCAGCACAACUACUGGAGAGCCAUGGAGGGGGUCUUCAUGAAGCCCAGCGAGGCCCCCGGUACCAGGGACAACGGCAGCCCCCUCCACACCGAGUUUUGACCCUCAGCACCUCCCUCCUCCUUGCUCUCGCCAAUGCUACGCACAAGUGCCACAGGGUCUGGGUUGUGUGGACAGUGAAGAGCCAUGACCUGAGCAAAAAAGCAAAAAACACAAGUAUGUGAGUGAGAACUGACAAAUCUCACUGGCAAUUCAAUCAGUGAGUUCAUUCAACCCUGCCGCCAUGCUGUGUCUGUUUACCAUACUACGAAUGUAGAAUGUAGGCAGUUGGUUUCCAUACACUAUAGAGUCAAGGUCUUGAACUGGUAGCAGCAACCAGAUCUCAAAACUUUAUGUGUGUGUGUGUGUUUGUGUGAAUGUGUGUUUGUGUGUGUGUGUGAGUGAGUGUGAGUAUUGCACGACUGCUCCAUUAUAUUAUACAGGCCCUGAAUUCAUUAUGUGCAUUUGUUGACAAAAAUGAUGGAUAUAUAGUUUUCCUUUUUUGUCAUCAGAUGCCCAUUAUGAAUUCUGGGUCUGAAUUCUGUGCAGUUGCAAAAAUGAUGAAGUUGCAUAAAUCUUGUUUAUAAAGGUUAGGGCUCUCCAUCUCCUGUGAAACAAGUUCCCCGAGUACCUUGGUUAUUAGAUUUACAAACACGAUGGUUCAUUUAUAUUCUUCAGACCCGGGGCCAUUGUACAAACUUACUCAUUGGACUUUAAGCCACUGCAUUAAACUGCCUUGAUAUUCUGUUAUGGUAACUCACUUGGUUCACAGCUGAAUUUGCAUUUGAAAAAAUGAACCACCAUACCUGAUAAAUCCCAUAUUGUUCGUCUGCUGUUGUAGAUGUUGACUUGCUAAGAAUUAAAGGCUGUCAGGGUACAGUUAAGCAGUGGUUCAUAGUAUGUAUGAAUGAACCUUUUAAAGAAAAUGUUAAAACUAGGACCUACAUUCAGGCAGUGUACCCUGAGCAUGUAUUUCUUCUAUGUAAUGUAAUCCAUUGUUUUUCAUGUUAACAGUGCGCAUGCACUUUUACACAAUCAUUUGUUUGGCUGGUUGAGCAGAAAGUUGAUUUGUCAGUCAGUCCCUAUUACCUUUAAUUUACCAUAAAUAUUUCUUAUUUUCUGUUACAUACUUUUGAAAUUCAUCAAUACAUUUUGGCCUGAAUUCAAUCAACAUUUGUCCUUAAAUUUAACUUACAAGUAAAUACAAAUGAAAUGUGUAUUGUCUUCACAAACUUCAUUUUGAUGAUUCCUGAACUUGCCAAUCUGUGAAAAAAAGCAUGAACUCUCUUUUAAUUGUGAGGCGAAUGUUGAUUAAUUGUUGAUUUAAUAUUUUUUUAUGCAAUGCAACUGCUUGUCUUGUCAUAGAAAAGUAUGGCUGGUCUAGCAGGUCAGAAAUCUCUGAGUCAGUUGUAUGCAACAGGUCCCAGUGUUAGGAAAAACAGUUUCAGUAUGAAAAUGAUGAAAAAUGUAAGUUGAGUGAUUAUGAUGAUGUCUAUGAGCUCAAUGUGUUCUACCCUUAUUUUUUAUUCUAAGACACAUCUUCAUUUCAGUGUUUUAAACUUUCUAGCAAUCCAUCUUUCCAGGUACAAUGUUUUUUUUUUGCAGUUACACUCCUGCACAGUGAUUAUUAAUUUGUCACAAUGAAAGAAAGCCAUUCAAAUCCAGUUCUUUAAGUUCAGUGUUAACAGUAUCAGUAUUGUCAAUUGACACCUACAUGCAGCCUUUCCAAUUGUCAUGUCAAAGCUCUGGAAAACAUGCAGUAUUUUUAUUUCAUUUUUAAUCUCACUGUAUGUGUUACUACAAAGCUGGUUUCGUGUUUGUGAUGCAAUAUUUUCACUUGGUUUGUAUGUGAAACAAAUGUAAGAGAUACCUCAAAUAAACAACGUGUCAUGCUCUCUGAA